GCCCUGGGCCGCCGCGGUGAGUCACGCCGGAGGAGGCGGAGGCUCCGCACGGCUCAGCUCCGCACGGCUCCGCUCGGCUCGCCCGCCCGGCUGCCGCCGCCCGUUGCCUCAGGACCGCCGGGGCCGGCGCGGCCCCGCACGCAGAGCCGCGUCCUGCCCGUGAACCUCGCUGGGCUUAAGAAAACGGACCAGAAUGCGCAAAACUACGGAGCGUUACUAGGGCAGCUUCCUCAUACUUUUUCCAGCUCCAGUCGUUAAUCAGGACUGAACACGUGGGUUUUCUGAUCUCCUGUGGUUUUUAGAAGCAGGAAAUCCAGGAGCUGGCAGGAGGGGAAUGAACCGUGAGGGCGUCCCCGGAAAGAGUCCGGAGGAGAUGUACAUUCAGCAGAAAGUCAGAGUCCUGCUCAUGCUGAGGAAGAUGGGAUCAAAUCUGACCGCCAGCGAAGAGGAGUUCUUGCGCACAUACGCGGGUGUAGUGAACAGCCAGCUCAGCCAGCUGCCCCAGCACUCCAUUGACCAGGGUGCUGAGGAUGUUGUGAUGGCAUUUUCCAGAUCAGAGACAGAAGACAGAAGGCAGUAACCACAGGAGACCUGAACAACACAGAACUGGAGAGGACAGUGGGAUUCCUGGCGAUGGAGGAGGAUGGCUGAGCACUAAUGAGUUCCUUUGCCCACCCUAAUUGUUCCUUGGUAUCCCUUCUCCUUUGUAAUUUUGUUUCCCUUUGCCCAACCCUCAGAAUGCAUCUCACAGCCAUCUGUUCCUACAAGUUUUUGCUACUCAGCCGGGCUGUGUUAAUUAAGGACAAACCUAAAGGUGUAUUUUCGAUUGGCUCAAAGGGACAGACUGUGAUGGGCUAAAGGAAGACAAUUUUUCAAACUUGACCAAUGAAAACCUUUUAUCUCGCAUUUUAUUUUGUAUUUUAAGGAAAAGUCUCUUGACAUCCUACUUCUAAAGAAGCUUUUCAUGCUGUGGUGCUUAUUUAGGUCAAACUUGUGAAUUUGAAGAGGGUUUGAUUUGGCUGCAUAGAACUGGAAGCAACUUGUGAUUGGUUGACAAUGCAAAUGUUUUCUCUUCAGUUGGCUUGCAGGUAUUUCGCUGACUUCAACGUUUUCAUUGCAGAAAGCUGACGUUUCGGUGCAUUUCUUUAUACUUACUGACUUGGUGGGGUGGGGGGAGACAAAUGUGCUUUGCAGUAUUUAUUACAUCUACACACAUAUAAACGCUUGCUUUUGGGGGGUUUGUUUGGGGGUGUUUUGAUUGGCUUUGAAAUCAUGUGUUUGAUUUCCCGUUGGCUGCAGUGUUUUCUGACGCAAUCAGUUUGUUCCGUACCCAUCUGCUCUGUGGCCUCGGGCUCUUUUGGGAGCACGUGUCGAACGCGUAUUUAGUUCAAUAGGUCUACCCGUGGAAGCUGGAACGUGGAGAUGGGCAGCCGCGAGCUCCCGGUGGACCUGGCCGUGCAGGUGGCUUCUCCCUUUGCUUCUGACAGAGGAGCUGUAGAUAUUUUGCAGGAAUUGCAAGAACGAGAUCUAUGGCUGUGACGUGAAUUUGCCAAAUUUGUAUAGAGAAUAUGUUGAACUCGUUUAAAAUACGCCAUAUAGUUCCGCUUUAGUGCUGGGCAAGACCAGCUCUCACGUAAGGAGGGAUUGAUGAUCGUUAACUUAAAUCCAGCUUGCACUGGGCUUUAAUAAACUAAGUUUCUAGUCACUUGAAAAGGUGUAUGUGGUUUGGCUCCUUGCAGCUGCUCAGUGAUGUGGAAAUUACCCGAAUCCUGAGAUAAUACCAUUUUCUUUAGGCUGCAUUAAGCCGUCCAGUAGCGAGUGUCUGGGUGGCACUCGGGUUUACUCCAUCAGUAGUCGCGGGGCCUUAAAACACACACAUGCAUUUACAAACCAAAAACCUGCAGUGAAACUCUGGAAGCGCACUGACUGUUGAGGAAUCUGCACAUAACACUUCGAGCACUGCUGCCUACGAGCCGGCACAUCCUCUUCUCCUGUGUGCAGGUCGUUUUUACAAUACUUCUAGAUAUUCCUGUGGGUUGCACUGACUUUAAGAUGUUUCAAAAAUCUAUUAAAGCAGAACUCCAUUCUCCUGUUCCUUGUUCCUUUCGUAUGGUGGUUAAUUAUUCGAAGUAACAAUUCCAGGAUCUGUGACAACGUGACUGUUUUCAAGAAAUUCUGAUGGCAGGAUGACGUUAUGGCCUCAAAAUGGGAUGGAGCUCGAGAGAAACCAAGGGACGUACACAAAAGGAGGAGCUGAUUUGUGAGCACAAGGAGGGAAGUUAACUGGAGCAAAUAAACACCAUGUAAUGAGAACAACUGUGUAUCUCUUUAUGAAAACGACCCUUUCGAUUCAGUUUCAGCUUUGUAAAGCUCAAUGUGAAAGUAAAUCUUUCCCGUGUUUGGGGCUUGAUAAGAAAUUUCUUUAUUAAAGUAAACCCCGAAAGAUUCUUUAAAUGUUGGCCUAGUUGCCUGAGAGGCACUUUAGUUUUAACUUUGGGGAGCGGGGCAGCCCUUAAAGGGUUAAUGGGGGAUCUGUGUGUUCGUGGCUGGGAUGAGCUGCACUGUGGUGGCCUGUCAUUGUCAAGCUGACAUACAUCCUCCAUGCGUAUCUACGGCAUUGCCGAGCUGUUAAAUCUGUUCAAGGAGAACAGUGAAGUGUUUAUGUGGUUUAAUAUUUUCACUAAAAAUGUAACUGUUUUUGGGGGGGGAAAUACAGUUUUAAUAGCUUC